AAGAACCAAAACAUUUGUUUUUCUUACACAGUACACAGUUGUUAAUUAUUAUUGUUUAUGCGUCGUGCAGUGCAGCGACAAGCGGACGGGAGCGAAGUGGAGUGAAAGAUAAAAGCGCGACUCAGCGAAAUUAGAUACGAAGCGAGAAAUUUGUAACACAUUAAAUAUAGAUAUAUAAAUAUUGCACAUGUGUCUGCGUGUGUGAAUGUGGGGGUGAAUUAUUGUUGCUGAUGAAGUAGCAAAGAUUAUAAAACAAGUAACGGAAACAGCUGUAGAAUGCAACGUAAAGAAGAUCAAGAAAGGUUGCUGAAUGCGGAGGAGGGGCAACAGUCGGAGCAGGAAGAUGACUCAAUGCUGGGUGGGGAGCAGGAUAACGCUAGUUUUGUGCCUGCCUUUUCGCCACAGUACAACAUCGACGAUGACGAACGUUGUCUGCUGGAACGCGAACAAGACGAGGUGGUGCAGUUGACCAAUGCUCCGAGAAGUGGAGCUGCCUUAACCUAUUGUGUCUUCUACCUGCUUGGCAUUGGAACGAUGACACCCUGGAAUUUUUUUGUCACCGCCGAAGAUUAUUGGAAAUACAAAUUCCGCAACACAACACUGAAUGGGACACAGCCCGAUGAGGAGCUGACACCUUUACAAAAGAGCUUCACCUGCGACUUGGCCUUGACAGCGACCAUAUCUGGCACCACGUUCCUUUUGCUGAAUGCCGUUUAUGGCCACUAUGUGUCGCUGCGAGCCAAGAUGCUGGGCACACUCUUCACCAUACUCGUGCUCUUCGGCAUUACGACGGGAUUCGUGGAAGUGAACACGGAUAAGUGGCAGGAACAAUUCUUUCUAAUCACCCUAAUCAUUGUGGUCAUACUCAACACUUCUGCUGCGACCAUGUCGGGCGCUUUGUAUGGCGUCGCUGGCCUGUUCCCCUCGGAGUAUAUGACAGCUGUGGUCAGCGGUCAGGCCCUGGGUGGCAUUAUAACAGCUUUGGCAUUCCUCUUGGUGCUGGCCUUCGAUGCUGGACCCUCGGCUACGGCCUUCGUUUUCUUCAUCAUGGGCGCUGUGCUCAUUCUCGGCUGCAUCAUUUGCUACUCGCUGAUGGCGCGCAAGGCGUACUUCCAGUAUUAUCUGGAGGGCGGAGACAAAUUCAAAGUGAUCAGCGCGCUGCCACCCUCGCACAGCCGCGAAGUCGAGGAGACAGGCGUGCCACUUGAACCGAUUUUUCAGCAGGUAUUGGGCAAGAUCUACGUGCAAGCGGCAUGCAUCGCCCUGCUGUAUGCAACGACCUUGUCCGUCUACCCAGCGGUGACAAUACUUAUGCAAUCCGAACAUUCCGCCAGUCACACCGUGUGGAGUGAUGUCUAUUAUCUGCCCGUUGUGAACUACCUCUUCUUCAAUUGUGGUGACUACUUCGGCAGACUGUUCGCCGGCUGGCUGGAGUGUCCGAGGAAUCAGUAUACGACGUUGCUGUGGACUGUGGUGCGUGUGGUUCUUGUGCCGUGUUUCCUCUGCUCCAACAGUAGCGAGCAUCAGUUUCUGCCGACGCUGGUGAAGCACGACUACACGUUCAUAGCUAUGAUUCUAAUAUUUGCGCUAUCUAAUGGAUAUUUAACAAAUAUAUUGCUCAUAAUGGCGCCAAGGAGCGUCAAGCAGCACGAGAAGGAGCUGGCUGCAUCCAUAAUGGCUGCUUCGUUGAGCGUGGGCAUGGCCGUUGGCUCGCUGCUGAGCUUGGCCUUUGUACAGAUGCUGUGACUGUUAUCUUGCCACUUCCCACUCCCAAUACUGCGAGGUGCCUUAAUCAUAGUGUAAACAAAUUAAUAGUUAAUCAAUGUUUUUAUCUAUAUAUAUUUUUUAUAUUUUUUUACGUCCCAUUUUGUGUCAAAAUUUUACCAUGUCUGCAAGACGAACAUAUCAAAGCGAAAUUAUUUUAUUACCUGUAAGCUUUUAACAUAUGGUUGUCGAGCUUUUUAUAUAAAUAUUGUUAAAGCGA